CGGGACUCUCCAUGACUGUCAUCGUUAGAUGAGGAACUGAGUCACAGUUAGCUGUAGUUGGCAAUCGAGGCGUAGACAUGUGUGGAAUUUUUGCCUAUCUGAACUACCAUGUGCCACGGACUCGCCGGGAGAUCCUGGAGAUCCUCCUCAAAGGCCUGCUCCGUCUGGAGUACCGUGGCUACGACUCUGCCGGUGUUGGAAUUGAUGGAGGGAACGGUAAGGAAUGGGAGGCCAAUGCCCGGUCUAUUCAGCUGAUCAAGCAGAGCGGAAAAGUGAAGGCUCUUGACGAUGAGAUCACCAAGCAGCAGGACAUGGACAUGGAUGUGGAGUUUGAUGUCCACCUUGGCAUCGCCCACACUCGCUGGGCUACCCAUGGUGCCCCCAGCCCUGUCAACAGCCACCCACAAAGGUCUGACAAGAGCAACGAGUUCAUUGUCGUUCAUAAUGGAAUUAUCACAAACUACAAAGACCUGCGGAAAUUCCUGGAGAGCAAGGGUUAUGAGUUUGAGUCCGAGACAGACACAGAGACCAUUGCCAAGCUGGUGAAGUACAUGUAUGACAACCGUGAGAGUGAAGACCUCAGCUUUGCUACUCUGGUGGAGAGAGUGACCCAGCAGCUGGAGGGAGCUUUUGUCCUGGUCUUCAAGAGUGUCCAUUACCCUGGGGAGGCAGUAGGCACUCGGAGGGGAGGUCCUCUGCUUAUUGGGGUGAAAAGUGACCACAAGCUGUCCACAGAUCACAUUCCUAUCCUGUACCGAUCAUCCGGUAAGGACAAGAAGGGCUGCCCCACCCUGCCCAGGAUGGAGCAGGACACCUGCCACACACUCUUCGCUGAGGACAAGAAGUCUGUGGAGUACUACUUUGCCUCUGAUGCCAGUGCGGUGAUUGAGCACACCAACCGGGUGAUCUUCCUGGAGGAUGAUGACGUGGCAGCGGUGACGAACGGACGACUCACCAUCCACCGCAUCAAGCGUACAGCCGGAGACCACCCUGCCCGCGCCAUCCAGACCCUGCAGAUGGAGCUGCAGCAGAUCAUGAAGGGUAACUACAGCUCCUUUAUGCAGAAGGAGAUCUUUGAACAGCCAGAGUCUGUGGUUAACACCAUGAGAGGAAGGGUCAACUUUGAUGACAACACGGUAAUCCUGGGUGGACUGAAGGAUCAUAUUAAAGAGAUACAAAGGUGUCGACGGCUCAUCCUAAUCGCCUGUGGCACCAGUUACCAUGCUGGGGUGGCGACUCGCCAGGUACUGGAGGAGCUGACUGAGCUGCCUGUUAUGGUGGAGCUGGCCAGCGACUUCCUGGAUAGAAACACACCAGUGUUCCGUGACGACGUCUGCUUCUUCAUCAGCCAAUCAGGUGAGACAGCAGACAGCCUGAUGGCCCUGCACUACUGUAAGGAGAGAGGAGCCCUGACGGUGGGCGUCACCAACACAGUGGGCAGCUCCAUCUCCAGAGAGACCGACUGUGGGGUGCACAUCAACGCUGGGCCAGAGAUAGGAGUGGCCAGCACCAAGGCCUACACCAGUCAGUUUGUGGCUCUGAUCAUGUUUGCGCUGUUGAUGUGUGAUGACAGGAUCUCCAUGCAGCCACGGCGACGUGAGAUCAUCCAGGGCCUGAGAGUUCUGCCAGACCUGAUCAAGGAGGUGCUGAGUCUGGAUGAUGAGAUCCAGAGACUGGCCGCAGAGCUGUACCAGCAGAAGAGUGUUCUCAUCAUGGGCCGAGGCUACCACUACGCCACCUGCUUGGAGGGAGCACUGAAAAUCAAGGAGAUCACGUACAUGCACUCAGAGGGCAUCCUGGCUGGGGAGCUGAAGCACGGCCCUCUGGCCCUGGUCGACAAACUCAUGCCCGUCAUCAUGAUCAUCAUGAGAGACCACACCUACACCAAGUGUCAGAACGCACUUCAGCAGGUGGUGGCCCGCGCGGGCCGACCCAUCGUGAUCUGUGACAAGGAUGACUAUGAAACUGCCAAGUGCUCAAGCCGCACCAUCAAAGUGCCGCACUGUGUGGACUGUCUGCAGGGCGUUCUGAGUGUCAUCCCCCUGCAGCUGCUCUCCUUCCACCUGGCUGUGCUCAGGGGCUUUGACGUGGAUUUCCCAAGGAACCUGGCCAAGUCUGUGACGGUAGAGUGAAACAGGCAAUUUGAAGCCCCAAAAACCCAUUUCACCUCACAUACAUACAUACAUACAUACAUACAUAAAUACAUACGUAGUACGCAGGAACAGCUGUCACAUGGAUACCAAGAGGAGCAGAGAGAGCACACUUUCCUGUUUUAUGUCUUGUGUUAUAUAUUUUUAUGCAAUUGUUACUCUUGUACUCUUAGCAUUCUGUAUCACUGUCACUUCUCUCAACACAUUUGAAGGCAUUGUUAUGAAUUGUGUUUUUUUUUUUUUGUCAAGUGUGGUAAGGUAAGGGUUGGCAGUAAUGUUGGCAUUUAGGAGCUCACAUCGGUUACUGGAGUGUAUGCAGUUAAUGAAUCAACUAAAGGAAAGACGGAAAAAUAUCUYUUUUCUAAAGGAUACUAAAGGAAAAACGGAGCUAUUUUGGAUGAUGCCCAACAGUGCUCAUAACUGAAAUGUGCACAUAUUUUCAAUGUUGAGUACUUGCAGCUGGUUUUUCAGUUAAUUCAGCUGUUUGUUGGCUGAAGUCAAGAGUCUAUAUGAAAAUCUUACUGGUUACUGGUUCUUUUGGUGUUUCAUUGGUGCAAUGAUUUUUGGUCUAUUGAGAUCAGUUUUCUUUGGCAGCUAGAACAUCUAUAAGUGUCAUUUGAAAUGUUUCUGUUACUUUUGUGUAUGUUGAGUGAAGUCUUAAAUCAUUCCGAGUCAUAUUGUAGUCCUGACUCUAAAUCUGAAGUGCUUCCAGGAAGAAAGUGUCAAGUCAUGCUUUAGUCUACUGACCUGUGCCAGAGGCUAUUGAGAACUCCCCCCUUGUUUUCCUCGGAAUGCCAUAAUGACAUAUUAUUUUUGAUUUGUAACUUGUAAAAGUUUUGAAUGUUUUAUAGUACAAUAAGAAACUUYUAACAUACUUCCUUGUGUAUACUAUUGUGUAAUGUUUUUAGUCCUUGGAUAGGUUACAAAAGCAACUUGCAGUGAUGCACUCCUUGUGGUUUGGCAGACCUCCUAUAGGAGAGUUAACAAACUCUUGCCUAAACCAUGUUGAGCAUCUGAAUGAUUGACUGUCCUGGCAUAAUAAUCAUGCUUUUAAAAMUCUAACAGCUACUGUGUCUGAGAGACAUGAUUUGAAUCAUUUACCCAAUAAUUUGAAAGAUGGCACCGUACAAUGUUAGAAAUCUACAAUGAAGACGAGUGAAACAUUGAAAUGAUCACUUAUCUCUCUAAGCCUAUAGGUUACUGUCAUUGUGACUUGGUGGAAGUGUAGCAAUAUUCCAAACUCUUCAAUUUCACUGGUCUUGUUGACCUAUUUUCUGCCUUGUUGCUUAGGAGGCUCAAUUUGGGUCUCUGGUCUACAAUAUAACUCUAAAUAGAAGAAAAAGAACCAAGUGAAAUGAAGUUGCUGCUCAGAGCACAAUUUGCACCAACAUUUUGCCUACCCCAUGCCCUGCCACCAUACCGAUUUUUAAUUGCAAUAUUGGGACCAUUUUUUUUUUUUUUCUACAUUUCUAUUAAUUUGUACGUUUCUCAUUUUGUUUACUUGGUAGAAAGCUUUUUUAUAUYUUAUUGAAGUUAUUAGUUGAUCUGAAUGUGACUGACAUUCGAGAUGUCCCCUGUACCCAAAAAAGGUCACUGUAUUUUACAAUCGAUUAUGCAGUCAGAAACCAAAACACCUUUUCUAUGUUAAUUUUGCUUUGAGUAACCAAAGGUAUGGUUUUAGAGAUUAUGUUCAUAGGGGUUUGUGUGUACUGUAAGUGGUCUGUCCAGAAGAGGCCUACAGGGCAAUACAGCAAGCUUGUUAAAAUAUGUAGCUGCUAUUUUAGAUGGAACUCAACAUGUCAGCUGUGUGUUCUCCCAAAUGUCUAAUAAAUGAGUCUUUAUAAACCAAG